AUGCUUCCUGGAGGCAAAAGAGCAAAAACCUCCCGCUUUAAACCCAUACAAAACCCAAAAAGAAUCUCCCUCAAUUCCUCCGCUUCCCCGUCAACUCGCCUCCCUUCUUCACCAUCAAAAGCACCGAUCCGGGAAAAUCAAGAAAACGUCCUAAAAAUCCCACUUGACCCAUCGUCAUCAGUGGACACCAUAGCCAACAAUGAAGAUCUCUUAACCAACAUCUUACUCAAGCUACCCGCAAAAUCCCUCCUCUGCUUUCGAUGCGUCUCCAGGCAAUGGCGAACCAUCAUCUCCGACCCCGAAUUCCGCCGCCGCCAUAUACGUAGUAUCAGGUGCUGCCCGACGUCUGAUUUCCUCUUUUUCAGUCCUUAUAUCAAGCCGAACGAGAUCGAUUUGCUUUCACUUUCCGGAGAUGGGUUGGAUUCGGUGGGUAAUUUAAGUUCCCCUUUACGACGUUCCCUCGAAGGUCGGAUUAUAAGAUUACAGGCUUGCAAUGGAUUGCUAUGCAUUCAGUUUAUGGUGAAUUAUAUUCGAAGAGACCUAAUUGUGUACAACCCCACAACCUCUGAGCAUAGGACUAUCCCCUGGCCAAAUGAGGGAAAUCAUUCGCCGACUAUAGUUCCAUACACUAGUAUAGCUUUUGACCCUUUAACAUCUGACUACUACAAACUUCUUGAUGUCAGUUUUGACCGUGGUCUCCGAUUUUUUAUUUACUCAUCUGAAUCUGGGGUUUGGAGGGUUGGUGGCGCUGCAGUUGCCGGGACUUUUGAUAGUGACUAUUAUUUUGAUAAAGGCGUGUUUUGGAAUGGGGACGUCCAUUUUAUGGGAACCGAAUUUUGUACUCUAUGCUUUGAUGUCGAAAAUGAGUGCCUUCGACCAUCCAUGCCUCGAAUUCCGAUUAGGAUGGAGGUUAUGGGCAAAUGGGAUAUUAAGUAUUUUGGGGAAACAGGGGGGAAUCUGUAUGCAAUUUAUCUAAACAGAAUUAACACUGCUGUGUUGUCCGAUGUUUUUGAGCUGAAGAGGGAUUAUUCUCAAUGGGUUGUAAAGUAUCGGUUUGAUUUUUCUCAUUUGGUUACGUAUUAUCCGGAGAUGAAGAGUUGUGGUUGUUGUACACCCUGUUUUAUUGCGGAUGAAGAAGGGAAGAAUGCAAGGAUUGUGAUUUCACUAAAGGGUAAAUUCAUCUUGUAUGAUAUUAAUCGUGUGUUUGUGAAGGAGCUUGUUGAAGUAGGGCCUGUGGGUUCUAGCGUUGAUGACUGGGGCAAUAGCAAGUGGUACAGAUGGUAUGAGGCUUACCAACAUGUUGGUACUUUUGCUUCAGUUUAA